CUAGUAGCAAUUUUCAUUGUCAACUCUUACAAAACUCGUUCAACCCAGUAUUUGAUUCAGAUAAGACGAGAUGGCGACUGAGUCACCGAGUUCUGUUCGAAAAGUUGUUGUUCACUUUAGAGCCACUGGCGGUGCUCCUAUACUUAAGCAGGCCAAGUUCAAGAUAUCGGGAGCUGACAAGUUUGCAAAAGUAAUUGACUUCCUAUGCCGACAUCUUGGCCGAGAGACCUUGUUUGUGUAUGUUAACAGUGCAUUCUCACCAAACCCGGAUGAAUUAGUAAUCGAUCUGUAUAAUGUCAGUACUCUGAAAGACCAUGUGAUACUGAGAGAAUUCAAUGUACUAGCAUGAAGAUGUUACUGCAUGUUGUACUAAUCUUUUGGUCACCUAAUGUUGGAGCCACUUUGAUGCAAGAUGAGCUAUCAUUCUUAACAAUCUGUCGGGCAGGGCCCUCCGUCAAACACGAAGGUUUUUAGUGGAAUUUUGAGUUCAAUUUUUGAUGAUAUUACUGAAGAAUGCAGAUUGCCCCUCUGCUUUAUCCUCUCUAUUGGGACUUAAGGUUCAUAUAAGAUGAACUAAUCACUCAUUCUUUCACUAGAAUCCGUCGGGGAUGACCUUUUUUGACAGAGGCCAUUAGAGCUCUUCUUGUGUAUUAUUAUUUGACUUCACUUUUGCAAUAAUCUUUGAUGGCUUUUGCUGGUGAAAAAACAAGAAGAGCGGAAGAUGAUUCAGGAAUUAUUGCAUCAAUAAUACAUUUGCAAUGCAGAGCUUUAUGGCACAAGAAGAUGUAUGCUUUAAAUAAUCCCCCAUGUGCAGCAGUUCAGCUUGUUCAGUCAAUUAAGCUACCAUUUAUGAAGCUCAGAAGGUAGAGAAAGUGUUCAAAUCUUCGCAUUAUUUCACACCAUACUUCUUAAACGAUCAAAGCGUAAUCUAAUACACUAUUACUUAUCACAUCAUCUCUUCAUUCGCGCAUCUUUUUACGGCAUUAUUCUUCUCUGGUACAUGACAACCCAGUUGCCAGCUUAAUUCACUUUGAUGAAACAACUUUUUUUGUAUCAUGUGAUGCUUUUAUCAAAGACAUGGGGACUACAGACGUCAUGAGUGAUAUGAUUGUACAAAAGGCUUUCUCAUUUUUCUCUUUGUAAGUCUAUUGGAUGCUAUAAAUUAAUAAUUGCUUGUGGAGAAUAAAA